UACAAAUCAUACUUAAACAACACCAAGAAGAACAAACAAGUCCGUCUAGUGUUCUCAAUCCGUUGGUUAGGGGGCUGGACGGAUUAUAGAGAAACUAAACCGAGGGUAGAACCGUCAUUACACCUAUCAAUGUCGGCUUACAAUAACGAGCCGUCGUAAUCGUGUGGGUUCGGCUCGGGCCAUAUAAAACACAGGCCCCUCCCCAGGUUCGCCACACCACGCUAUCCUCUGCUCUGCUGCUGCUACAGUUGUUUCUCCCGCGACAAGCUCGUUUUCUCCUUCGAAAUCGCAAUCAUGGAGCUAGCCGCUUCAGCUUUGGUGUCCGUCUGCUCGGCGUAUCACCACCUCUCAGCGCCGGCUGAGGCCAACGACGACAGCGCGCGGUCCCAACCGCAGCUGCAGCGCCGGAGGAAACAGGCCGCCUGCAGUGGCAUCGGCGGGCUCCGGUCCCGGUGCCAUGCUGUUCUGAAGCAGCAGAGGACGAGGCUGUACAUCCUCCGGCGGUGUGUCUCGAUGCUGCUGUGCUGGAACGAGCACGACAUGUCCGACUGAGCUCACACGAAGGCCCGGUGGUUUUUUUACGGGCUGGGUCAGGGCCGGGCCUGUAUAGACCGGCUCGGUCUGUAGGAAGAAUGGUAGAGUGUUUGGUGUAUCAUAUUCCAUACUUGUUUAUUAACAAUUGUCAUGACAUGAGUUUUUUUUUAUCUGAUGAUGUGUAAGUGAAUGAGAAAUGUGAUGACGUGCGAUGGAAUUGGUUGCUUACUAGUACAAUUUCUGG